CUGGUGUUUCUGAUACUGUUUAUUAUAGGAUAUCUGUGUUUUGGAGCUCUAAUUUUUGAGAUCCUCGAACAACCAGUAGAGGAUAAGCUUAUUCAAGAAUUAAAAGCACAUCGAGUAAAUUUCUUAACUGAAAAUAGCUGCGUUACAGAUGAAGAAUUAGAAGUUUUUAUAAAAGAAGUGGUAUCGGCUGCUAACCGUGGUGUUUCGGCCGUUAACAAUGUAACAAUGACCGACGCCAACUGGAGUUUUGGACAAGCUUUAUUCUUCGCUGCUACAGUUCUUACUACAAUAGGUUAUGGUCGAGUAACUCCACUAUCAGACGGUGGGAAGGGAUUCUGUAUCAUCUACGCUGUGAUAGGAAUUCCGUUAACCCUUAUUCUGUUCACUGCUCUGGUGGAAAGGUUGAUGGUACCAGCUAAAUACUUCCUGCUUUUCUUAUACAGAAAACUUGGACACAUCUACAAAAUAUUCCACAUUCAGUUACUCCAUCUUGGAAUUAUCUUGGGAACUUUCAUCCUGUUGUUUAUUCUGAUCCCGGCCGCCAUCUUUGCUGUGCUGGAACCAAAAUGGAAUUAUUUAGAUUCGUUUUAUUAUUGUUUUAUAUCGCUGACGACCAUUGGUCUUGGAGACUAUAUACCUGGUGAUUCAGCAAACCAGCAUUACAGAGCUAUUUAUAAACUCUCAACUACAGCCUACCUAUUGAUUGGUCUGGUGAUGUUAAUGACAGUGUUAGCAGUAGUCUACGAGAUUCCAGAGCUCAACCUGGGGUUCCAUUUU